UCCCGCAAGGUGCCGAAGAAGCCGCUUCUCUGCAGUAGGAACAGAGAGAGGUAGAGGAGAGGCCGGGAGGGAGGUGCUGCUUUUGCGGCCGCCGACACGCCGGGCCGAGGAAGCGAAACAGCGAGACUCGGGCCACCCUCGGCGAAGACGCCUGGGAGCAGUAAGCUCCCCCGACCUGCUCCCCUUGGGACGCGGGGAGGAAGAGCGAGUGAGGAGCUGCCGCGUCCCUUCCCUCUCGUCCUCCUUUCCCGCCCAGGCCGGGCUGGCGCCUGCCUUUUCCCUUCAGGGGGUGUCGCCGCCUCCUGGGACCCCCCACCCCGAGAUGCGACCAUGGAUUGCAGGAUCAAAGAAAAUCCAGAGACUACCUUUGAUUUGGUGAUACAAGUAAAAUGUCAGGCUUCCGAAAAUGAAGAUCCUGUGGUUUUGUGGAAGUUCCCGGAGGACUUUGGAGACCAGGCAAUCCUCCAGAGUAUACCUAAAUUCUGCUUUCCUUUUGACAUUACAAGGGUAACGCAAGUUGGACAGCACUUUACUUUUGUGCUUACUGACAUUGAAAGCAAGCAAAGAUUUGGAUUUUGCCGUUUAACAUCGGGGGGCAAAGUGUGCCUAUGCAUUCUAAGCUAUUUGCCAUGGUUUGAGAUGUACUACAAACUUCUAAAUACAUUGGCAGAAUAUUUGGCUAAAGAACAGGAAGCUGACUUGAAUGAUUUAUUAGAAACAUGGUAUAGCCAUUCUGUGCCAAAGGCAAACACUCUUAUCAGCUUAAAUUUGCAUUCAUGCUUUAUUACUCCUGAUAUAACUGGAUUACCAACUGUUCCCGAAAGUAGAAAUCUUACUGAAUAUUUUGUUGCUGUGGAUGUGAAUAACAUGCUACAACUUCAUGCCAGCAUGUUGCAUGAGAGACGCAUCAUUAUUACCUCCAGCAAGCUAAGCACUUUAACUGCUUGUGUUCAUGGGUCAGCUGCAUUGCUAUAUCCAAUGUACUGGCAGCACAUAUACAUACCGGUGCUCCCACCACAUCUCCUGGAUUACUGCUGUGCACCAAUGCCUUAUCUGAUUGGAGUCCACUUCAGUUUAAUGGAGAAAGUCAAAAGUAAAUCACUGGAGGAUGUGGUGAUGCUAAAUGUUGACACAAACACAUUGGAAACACCAUUUAAUGACCUGAGCAAUCUACCAAGUGAAGUGGUCUCGGCCUUGAAAAACCAACUGAAGAAGCAGUCCACUGCGACUGGUGAUGGGGUAGCCAGGGCCUUCCUCAGAGCUCAGGUGGCCUUGUUUGGAUCCUACAGAGAUGCACUAAGAUACAAACCUGGAGAGCCUGUCAUUUUCUGUGAGGAAAGUUUUAUCAAGCAUCGUUCCAGUUCUACUAGACAAUUUCUGGAAACAGCAGUGAAUCUCCAACUUUUUAAACAGUUUAUUGAAGGUCGUCUUGCAAAGCUAAAUGCUGGAAAAGGGUUCUCUGAUGUAUUUGAAGAAGAAAUCUCAGGAAGUGGAGGAAAUUUGAGAACAUACCACCAAUGGAUGCAUACUGUGAAGAAAGGAGGAGCCUUGAUCAACACAGCAAUGAACAAAGCUACUCCAGCUAUGAAAACAGCAUACCACUUUGCAAAAAAUCAUGCAAAACAGGGAAUAAAAGAGGUGAAGAGUAAGUUGAAACACAAGGAAACAGAAGAUGACUUUGGAAUUUGUAGCUCAGGUUUUGCACAAUACACUCCAUUCUGUACCUUUCAUAAUUCUCCAAGACAGAACACAGAAAAAAGAAGACUUGCACAGACACGCUUUGGGCAUUUUCAAACCAGUAUGCAUAAUAAUGACUCUGCCUUGGAUGAAGAUGCUGAUGAUGAAAUAGACCAAGGAAGCAAAUUGUCCUCUGAAGACAGUGAGGAAACAUCUUACUAUUUGUAUGACAGUGAUGACUCUGGGGAAUUAGCCAAAACGUCUGUUCCUCCUGGAGAAAUGGACCUGCUGGGAGAGAUUUUGGAUACUCUGAGUACACACAGUUCUGAUCAAGGGAAGCUCUCAGGGGCAAAAAGUCUGGAUUUUUUUCGAUCAAUGGAUGACAUUGACUACAAGUCAAAGAAUAAAUCCAACACCCCAAGUGAGAGCAAUCUUGCCCUACUCUGUAGCGGGUGGACAUCUGACCUGGCCACUUGGAAUCUGGGACAAGAUGACAGCAUCCUCAUUGAGAAGCAGCUUCCUCCAUCACCAAGGAAACAUGAUCCUUCUAGUGGUUAUGGAGAAUCUCUCUUUGUGCUAAAUAAAGAAAACCCUAACCUUACUUCCAGUGCUGAUGACAUGGCCCUGCUUAAUGACCACCCAAGAUCUCCAAACUCACCCCAAGAAACUAUGCAGGUUUCUUCUCCAGGAACUUUGCCACUGAAGAAGAGUAAACGGAACGAAGCACUUAGCAGGACGACUGUGGAUGAGACAUCACCAACCUUGAGCCCAAAUCCAUCCUCCCUAGUUCCAUGGGAGAGGGAAACCCAAGAUGGAAAUGAAGUCCUCGAAGAGGGUGGGCUUCUUCAUGAAGUGGUAUCAUUAUGUAAACUGACUUCUGCUUUCAGUCAAGGUUUAAACAUUUCAGGGGACAGGUUUUCCAACAGCAGUGGGAAUGAAACGUAAGGAUCUUUUAUUUGUUUUGAAGGGGAGAGAUUACAUGCCUGGUAAAAGAUGGAAGGAAGACAACUCAGGAUUCUGUAUCAUAACAAAGGAAGUUAGAGAUCUUCAGUUUUUCUAAUCUUAUUUUAUGGUUGGCCUUAUUUGUGUAUUUUUACCCUUUUAUUUUGAGCCUAUUUUCUCUGAAUAACUUGGCUCCAUUUAAGUUCACAAUAUAGGCUUGAAUUUGGGAUGGGGCCGUAACAGUGUUUACAGCACAUGCUUAGCAUGCAGACAGUUACAGCUUCACCCCUGGGCAUUUCCAGUUGUACUUGGGAAAUACCCUGUCUAAAAACCUGAAAGUCACUGCCAGUCAGUGCAUGCAAUACUGAGUUCAGACAAUAUGCCAUAUUAACGAAAACAUUCUAGAAUCAUGGUACUAGCUUGAUCUUCACAUUUAAGCUACAGCUGGUCUGUGGCAUGGAACAGGAUUUAUCAUUUCCUUUCCCUAUAUGCAAAAAGAAACAUAUCAGACAUACACAUUUAUCCUUCUGUAACACAAGCCAAGAAGUGUAGCAUGACUUUUCUGGAACAUAGUCCAUGAGCUGAUUGCCUUAAACUUAGAAGGGCAGUUUUAAGUACCUUAAAGGCUGAUCUGUAAAUAUUUGGAAAAAGCACCACCAUUAUUUUAUAGCAAAAAAAAUGUGCUUGAGUAAAGGAAAAUGCAGACCAUUUACAAAACAAGGGAACUCUUUAGAUUAUGAAUGAUCACAGGUGUAACCUUGUUUAUGCAGUGAUUUUAGUAAUCCUGUGAGAACUUUGUUAAAUGGGAAAUAUGAUGAUGAUUCAUGCUGCCAAGCACUACCCAUCAGUAAGUUGAGAGUUCUGAUAUGUAUCUGCCACUUGAAUUAACACCAGUUGAGAAUGAUUGCUUGGGAGUUACUGUAAAAUAUGUUGGUUUUUUUUUAAUCUAGCAGACAAUGCCCCUGUCUUCCAGACACUGAAAAAUGGUACUGUAUAUAUAUUUUUUGAAAUGGUGAAAUGCAGUGAAAAGUUUACAACUCUUUUUCAGAGCUUAUUCCCUGAGUAUAUUUUACAUUUUAGUUUUCUUGAAAUACAUAUUUUGAGCACAGUUGGAAUUUUAAUGGAAUGAACCUUUGAAAGAUGUAAUAUUUUUAAUUGAAAUUCAUCUGUUCUUCUGGAAAUUAUUCCUCUUUACAGAUAACUUUAAACGUAUUUUGUAAAGUCAUUGGGUUGUUGUUAAAUAUGCUGCUUAACCAAAUUCUAAACUUUUAUUUUUUAGAAAACAAAGGGACAGUUGCAGUAAAAAGAGAAAUAUGCCAGUCUCAUGGUGCAAAUCCUUUUCUAGUUAUACACAAAUGAGUCAAAGAACCACCCCAACUUCUAGCAUUUAGGUUUAAUUUUUUAAGAGGCUGAGAUCCAUCAAUUACAAUGGAUGGAUACCAACCACUGACAGGUUUUUCAAGUUGUCAUCUAAAGGAUCUAUUCAAAAAUCAAUCACCUAGUACACAUAUAUAUCAAUGUCUAAAAGCUCCUUCAAAUUUGUCACUAGAUCAAAUAUUUUGAAAAUUGUCAGAAGUGAUUUCUAGAUAGAUAGAUAGAGUAGCUAAUAGAUUUUUAGGUGCUAUAGAAAGAUCAAUUGAAUGUAGAAACUGUCCCUUCUUUUUUUUAGCACCUAUUUUCUGAGAUGUAAGGUCCUUUCUCCAUUGUAUUGUACCAUUCUUUCAUUCUCCAAGUCUAAGGUUUAUCCAAAACAUGUUCCACAGUCUCACUCAUAUAUUUCUUCUUCAAAAAGAAGAAAAACUAUGCAUAUGCAAACUUUCCACCGCAACUAUAAAGUGCUUCUUCAAAAGAGAGGGAGAAGGAGAGGGAGGCUAAAUCCUGCAUGGGUAUCUCUGUGCAUCUUAGAUAACAAGGGGAUGAGUGGGGGGGGGGGGGAAACUAACAAGCUUUGUCUAGUAAAGUUCGCAGGUUUUCAGUGACUUCCAUGGUUAGUGAAUGUGCUUCAAGAUUCUAUCUAUAUGGAAUUGUUACAUGGUAAAUUAUGUAUUGAUGAGUCUUUUUGAUGAACUUUUGAAAUGUAACUUUAUUUGGUGUCUGUUUGAACUUA